AUGACUGUCCUGCCAAGGUACCAGGAGGCGCGCGUGGUGCGCAGCAGGUGCGCGACCUGUGCGCACCCGGUGCGCAGUGGGCGCAGCACAUGCGCAUCCUGUGCGCAACCUGUGCGCAACCUGGGCGCAGCAUGCGCAGCUAGUGCGCAGCCCAUGCGUGACCUGCACGCUCAGGUCGCCACAGACUCACCGAGGAAGACCAGCUGGUGGACACUGGAUUGGCCAGUGGGAUCCUCAAAUCACACUCCUUCGUUCCGUGCGAACAUCACGCCUAUGCUAGUGCGCUGUACUACCCUCAUUCUUCUGGUGCACAUCCCUUUUGCAUGCACCCCCGUGCACACUGACACCCAUGGCUCAUUGUAUUAUUCCUCUGGCCCACCUGGCAGCCGUGUCACCUCAAGCUCGGUAUCCACUGUGCAUACGCAGCGGUUCUGGGAUACUAUCCGGGUGACGGCCCCGCUGGGUGCCGUAUGCUCUCACAUGUCGCACACGCCGAGCUCUGAUGUCUCUAUCCUACGGUCCCCAGGUGAUGAUUCGGAAGACUUUGCUCCAUCGCCUGCACAAGCGGUGCCUGCUCCGGGGACUUCUGCUGUGGGCACUCCUGUAGGAGGUCUUCUGAGCCGGGUGCUACGCAGGGGGAACUAUGCCCCGGAGAUCCUCCAUGUGGUCGAGCAUAUUCCGGACCCGGUCAGGUCAGACGCAACAAAAGGCCAAGCAGACUCUGGCGAUGCUGACACUUCAACGGCUGCUCCCGGGACAGCAGCCACGGCCCCUGUUGGGGUGCCGAAGUCGGCCACACCCAUUCAUCAUGUACCUGACAGGCAUUCACAGGUGGACUGGGCAGACCACGAGGUGUUUCACUUUGACCCCGAGAUACAUCGUAUCUCAGGGGUCCCGGGAGCACUACAGGCCGGAUGGCUCAAGACGGAGGAGCGCAGGAGAACUGGCGAAGCGCGCAGCAAGGGCAGCUGCGCGUGUGUCGACCUCAGCGGGUUCAAGGGGGAGCCGGCUGCCUCAUCCUCUACCGUGGACAUGGAACUUCGACUGGCGCCUCCACCAAAUCUUCUCAAGGAGGGGUCGGUCGAGGAAGCGGAGCACAGGUUGGUUCCCACGGCCCCCACUGGGGAGCCGUCUCAGCAGGUACGGGCCAAGGAGAAGUGGGCACAGGUGGCUGAUCUGGAAGGGCAUUAUACCUCGCAGCACGGGCCUUUCCACGACCUCAGGGACGCUCUCCAGCGCGACAAAGUGUGCGGCCCCUUCGGGGAGCCGUUGCCCCUUGCUCCAGUUGGCAAUUGGAUACUUGCCCUUGGAGUCUCGCUCCUCGGGCUCGACUCCCCGGAUGGGCAGGAGUUGUUUUCCCGCAUCGCCAACCAUCAGACUGCAGGAGACCUGGUUGAGGCGUGGUCCCUCCAACUUUGGGAACGUGGCUAUCGGUCCUUGUGCGAGCAGCUGUCAGGGUACUUCUUACUACUGCACAAUGUCCUGACCGACAUCCCGCCUCGAUUCUACACUGCCCUGGGUCAGGAAUGGCGCAUUACGUGGACCGAGUUCAAGAAUGUCAUGAGAGCCUGGCUAGGUGAUUCACCUGCCCGGCACUGCCUGCCAUCGAUCAAGUACCUGCGGCAGGUGUUGAGCCGGGCCAUCCUGGGCGACUUUCGGCCCUUGGACAUCGAGCUCCUCCGCGACCUGCCCCGAGAGAGGGAGGUGACCGCCGUCGUGGGGCGAGGGUCUGCCCCGCCCAACGUGCAAGCUCUACCUGCUACAGGUUCCGGUACUCGGCCCGCAGAGCGGAGCCGCCCUGGAGAUGUUGACACCAAGCACGGCCCUCGGAUUCGAGCUAUGUCGUGGAACGUCGGUGGCCUAUCACAGGAGGCGUGGCUAGAGGUGCAAAUCUGGCUGCAUGAGCAGGAGGAGCAUGAUGUCAUCUUACUUCAGGAGACCCACUGGCGGUUUACCAGUUCCUGGAGCCUCCCGCGUUAUCACAUUUUCCACAGUGGUGCGACUGACCACAGAUUCCAGGGUUGCAUGAUUGUGAUCAGCAAGUCGAUUACCUCGUUUGAAUCUGUCCGUUGGUCUGCUCCUCUCGUUGGUCAUCUCCUGCACGUCCGCUUUCCGGUCAAGGGUCGGCAUGUGGAUGUUAUUAACCUUUAUCAGUAUGCACUGCACACCGGCCCCGACAGGGCAGCCGUUCUUCACAAGAGGGAGAGGGUCUUGCAUCAUCUUGACAAAACACUCUCCUCCUUACCCAUUCGAAACGUUCUUCUGGUCGGAGGUGAUUUUAACUCCAGGGGCACCCGCGACUCCAUGCCAUUUGGACCUGGCACGUAUCUAGGACCAAACCCCCAUCCGGAUAGGCAACUCCUAGCUAAUCUUGCGAAUCUGAAUACCUGGGGCCGUGUCAGCAAGGCUGCCACGUUUGAGAAUGACCAAGCUCGCAGUCAAAUUGACUUCUUCUUUGCGCGUACCGCGCAAAUUGAUGGGCGCUCGAGGCGUGCUUGCACGGAUCCCCUGUUUCAUCUUCUGCGCUGGCGUGGAGGCGCCCGUCAUUACCCAUUACAGGUAUCUAUUCCGGCAGUUCACUACCAAUCACCUGCUAAGGUACCUGAUGCAUCUACGGCCCGUGCACCAAAGUAUCAGCUAACUCAGCCUCCAGAGCGAAUACAGGCGUUUUGUGAGCACCUGGCAAGCACCCUUUCUGCCCCGCGCGACCCAUCAGACCUGGAUCGUGCUUUGCAGCAGGCAGCAGCCGAGCACCUGCUUCCUGUUCAGCCGCGGGCCCAUGGUGAUUCCAUCGCGGCGAGGGUCACUGGUAUGGUGAAACAGAUGUGGAAUCUCAAGCAUACGGCACAGCAAUUUGCACUUGAGGUCCUGCGACCCUUCACCAUCGUCGCGCAGAUUCGGCACUGGCGAGGCACGGGAGAGCGUCUCUGGUUCUCGCUUGGGCAGUUGCUCUCUGCUUGGAGGCACCAGGCUGCUUAUUUGAGACAGCAUCGCCAUCUCAGGCGUCGGGGGCGUCAGGCGAAGAAGGAACUCAUGGAGGAACAGCUCCAGCAAGCAUGGGAGGCGGACCGACAGGGGGACAAGUCCUCCAUUUGGAAGGUGGUGAACAGGUUAGCUCCACGAACUGCUAGAGUGAAGAUCCAGCUACGUGGAAGCCAGGGAGGUUUGCUCACACCAGUUGAAGAAGCUGAGCGGUUUAGAACUAUCUGUGAAAAGAUCUAUAAAUUACCGCCACAACAGCACUCUGAUACUAUGGUCACGCCUCCCCCUGUGCCAACACCCUCACCACCGGUUGAAGUCACCCCUGUCUAUUCGCUUGAUCACCCGUCUGCUGUGACACCUCCGGAUUACGCCUUAGGGAAGUUACCUGCCCAUGAGCCCACUCCCGGCCCUAUCCAGGUGCCGCGCCUUACGGAAGCAUUGUCCCUACUACCCGCACGGAAAGCCACUCCACCUCAUCUGGCGCAGCUACAUUUGUGGCACCUGGGGAAAGAGGUUCUUCUCCCGCAUCUUGCCACUUUCUGCCAACGACUCUGGCGAUCCCCUCAUCAGUUCCAUCAACUCUGGGCGGACGCCUGGAUUGCGUGGCUUGCAAAGCCGGGCAAAGCCCCGGACCAGCCAGAGAACUUGCGGCCUAUUUCCCUCACUGAGGGAGGCGACGUGGUCCUGGCCACAGUACGCUUAU